CAAUGCGACAUCGACCUGAUCCUGCAGCGCGCCGAGACUCGCGAGGAUGAACCGGAGCACGCGCCGGGAAACGAGCUGCUCUCGGCGUUCAAGGUGGCCAGUUUCCAGGUGGAUGAGGACGAUGUUGCCACCCUUCCUUCCGCAGAGGAGAAGGCGGCUGCCGCCCCGCCGCCGGAUGAGAAAGACUGGGACGAGAUCAUCCCGUCGGACCUGCGGGAGAAGGUGGAGGAGGAGCAGCGACAGAAGGAGAUGGAGGACCUCUACCUGCCGCCGCGGUCACGGAAAACCGUCCAGGCGGCGACGGCAGAGGAGGAGGACGAGAGAGAGCAGCGGAGGAAGCGGCGACGAGACGCUUCUGACGCCGAGUCGGACUCUGAGCAGGCCAAGAAGCGGCCCAGGAAGAACAUGAAGGAGCGUGUCAAAGGAUUCACGACGGACGAGGUGCGUCGGUUCUUCAAGGCGUUCCGCCGAUUCGGCUGCCCGAUGGAGCGACUCGAGUCCAUUGCCACCGAGGCAGAACUGCAGGAGAAGCCCCAGUCCGAUCUGCGCCGACUGGGGGAGACGAUCCUGGCCAACUGUCACGAGGCUAUGCAGUCACAGAAAGAGGCGAAGGAUAACGGGACGGCGCCGCCGCCGGCCGCCGCGGAGACCGAGAACGGGGACGCGCAGAAAGGAGUGCGCAAGAAGCGCGAGUGCGGCCCGUCGUUCCGUCUCUCUGGCGUGGCCAUCAACGCCAAGACGACGCUGCAAACGCUGGAGGAUCUGGAGCCGCUGCACCGAGCCAUGCCUUCUGAUCCCAAACAGCGCCGUCACUGGCGCCUCGAGCCGCCCAACGGACGAGUCAAGGACACCCACUGGGACGUGGACUGGAGUAUCGAAGAGGACUCUCGACUCCUCCAGGGAGUAUACGAGUACGGAGUCGGCGCCUGGGAGUCCAUCAAGAUCGACCCGGCCCUCCGACUCGAGGGCAAGAUUCUGCUGGAGAAGGCAGAGUCAAAGCCUCAGGCCAAACAGCUACAGACGCGAACAGACUACCUGCUCAAGAUCCUCCGUAAGCAGCAGCUGCAGACACACCACGGGGGCGGCGGCUCCAAACGGGGCGGCAAGCGAUCGUCAACCGUCGGACGAACCAAGAAAGCCGUCAGUCGAGAAAUCAUCGACGACGACAUCUCAUCAGACGAGAACACCCAGAGCUCCCUCCCCUCGACGGCGGCCAAAGACGGCCAUAAGGAGCAUCAUCAUCAUCACAAGGAGCACCAUCAUAAGGAUCAUCACCAUAAGGAGAAGGACUCCAAGGAGGGUGCGGGCAAGGAGACGGCCAAGGAGCAGAAGGAGACUAAGGAGCCGGUGAAGAAGGAGGUGAAGAAGCGCCGGAAGAAGCCGCCGGCGCCUCCGAUGCACUUCACGGCCAACCAUGAGCCGGUACAAAUCAGCUCCACGGAGGAGCUACCCGAGAGCGUCUUCUUGGAGUGUAAGGAGAAGAUGCGCCCCGUGAAGCGCGCUCUGAAGGCGCUGGACAGUCCCGACCCGAGUCUGUCAGACGCCGAACAAGUGAACCACACCCGCCAGUGCCUGAUCCAGAUCGGCGCCCACAUCGAUCUCUGUCUCAAACAGCUGCAGCACGCCGACAAAGUCAAGGAGUGGCGCAGCAAUUUGUGGCACUUUGUGUCUCAAUUCACCGAGUUCGACCCUCGCAAACUGUACAAACUCUACAAGCACGCCGUGAAGAAGAUGGGCGGCUCGACGGCACCGGUGGCGGCGGCGGCGACCGCCCCGGCGUCACAUCAGCAUCAUCAUCACGAGGAGCGGGCUGUGUCUAAGGACCGGGACCGUCCCCACCACCACAAGGACAAAAAGAAACGAAAGCGGGACUCUCCAGACCCAGGCGGGGAGGGGGACCCCCGCUCCGCCGCCGCCGCCGCCGCCGCCGCCCCCGGGCGGACAGGGGACGAGCCGCCCUCGGCCGCUGCCGCCCCCGCCGCCACCGCCCACAGGCAUGGCGACGAUAACGACCGGGACCGGAAUAAACGGGACCGGCCCCGUCACAGCGACGACCGUCCGAACCGUGACGGCGGUCACGACCCGCGCCAGUCACGUGACCCCCGUGACCCGCGUGACGGCCGGGGCGGCGACCGGCGCGACUCGUGGAGACGCGAGUACCCGGCCGGAGCGGGCCACGGCAGUCCGGGCGGCCCCCACCCCGGCGGUCACCACAGAGAGGGCGGUUAUGGAGAGCAUAGAGAUGGAUACGGACGGGAUAGGGAUAGGUCCCGUGACCGAGACCGAGACCGAGACCGGGACUACCGCGGCGGUGACAACUACCACCACCAUCACCAUCACCACGGGGGAGGGGGCGGCGGCGGCGGCUACCGCGGCUGGCAACAGCACGGCCGGCCCGCCGGCUACGACCGGCACGGCUACGGCGGCGGAAACUACGGCGGCCGGCACUACGGCGGAGGCGAGGACAGGUGGCGAGACCGAGACCGGUCCGAUGAGAGGCCAGACCAGCGGCGGGACGACCGCCGGCCGCCGCCCACCAGUGGCUCAUAGCGACGGCACGGGCCGAGUGGUGAGCGGGAGAUUUAGGAUCAUUGAGGGCGUGUUCACUGCGCAUGGAUUGAAUGCAUGUAAGUGGACGCCUGUGAACGGACUGCGGGAUUGUGAACUCAGAACGUGGCUUUUUGUCGCGGGAACCUUUGUGUUGAUUAGGUUUGUGGCUCGCGGCGACUAGAAGUGCGGCGUUCGAGACGUGUUGACCCGCUACGACUGUUGAAUCAAUGAGUUGCGGCGGCCGUUAUGAAGUGAGACUCACCUCUUGUGACCUGGGACACCCAGCUGGGGGCUGAAGCCGCCCCGGGUUGGUCGCGUGACGCACCUGGCGUCACAUUAUGUGACGGUGUGACGUGUUACGAUGUGUGCCGACCGAUGGGGGUCCUGUAGGGGUAGCAGGCCGCGCUGACAACACUGUGAUAGGCCCCGGUUUGCGCGGCCGCCCCUCAAUAUACGGUACACAGCACAGAG